AUAAUCUCUCUAUACAUUUGACUAUUAUAUGUGGUGUGUGUGCACACGCGUGUAAGAUAGACAGGUGAAAUUCUGACACAAGAAUGAAGUACAAGGCUGUCACUCCUAGACAAGAUGAGGUUACCAGGGAAUCAGAACCCUGCAAGCCAAGCCAAUGUGUCAUUUAUCCGGUGAAUUCAGAUAUGAUAGCUGAGGAUGUGGAAAGAAUAAACAAGAACUGGAUUGUUUGGACAAAAGCUACUAAGGAUUUGAUUGUGCAAGUUGGAGAUUAUAGCUUCCACUUACAUAAGCUUCCCAUGGUGUCGCGAAGUGGGUAUUUGAAUAGGCUUGUGUUUGAAAGAAGAAAUGGAUCAGAGAAAGGAAGCAACCAGAAGAUCCGGCUUGAAAACUUUCCUGGGGGAAGCGACACUUUUGAACUAGUGGCGAAAUUCUGUUAUAGAUGGAAGAUUGAUGUCACAGCAGAGAAUAUUGCUCCAUUACACUGUGCUGCACAUUUCUUGGAAAUGAGUGAUGAUCUUGAAUCAGGAAAUCUCAUUUCAAAAACGGAGGCCUUCAUCAGUUAUGUAAUAUUCUCGUCAUGGAAAGGCACAUUUCAGAUUCUGAAGAGUUGUGAAUCUUUAUCUUUCUGGGCCAAAGAACUGCAAAUCCUGAAACAGUGUUCAGAUGCCAUCGCUUGCAAGGUCUGCACAGAGCCAAAAGCAUCAGUUUUUGUAGACACUGGAAAGGUUGAGGAAAUGGCUGAGAAUUGGUGGUUUGAAGAUGUUUCAGCUCUCCGUAUAGAUCAUUUUAUUGAAGUGAUUGAAUCCAUUAAGAGACGAGGGAUGAAAUCAGAACUUGUGGGGUCAUGCAUAGAGCUUUGGACGUCAAGGUGGCUAUCUAGAGUUAACAAUGAACUUGAAAAUGAGAUCCCAAGUCAUCUCAACCAGCAGUUGCAAAGAGUGACAGUAGAAAGUUUGAUCAGGGUACUUCCAGUGGAGGAAUAUUCAGUUUCUUGCAAUUUCCUACUUCAGCUGGUCAAGCUGGGGCUCUUGAAGAAAAUUAACCUUGAAUUAUUGAAUCAGAUUGGGAAAAGAAUAGUUUCCAUGCUGGAGCAAUGCCAGGUUCAGGAUCUGUUGGUUAAGAAUGAUGUGGAUGAUGAUACAACUUAUGAUGUGAGGAUUGUUAUUAGGGUGGUCGAGUGCUAUGCUAUGCUUGCUAUAAAGCAUCCAGCUCCAAGAAUACAUGCUGUUGGAAGGCUGCUGGAUGGAUAUCUCACUUUAAUUGCGCAGGAUAAGUACCUUACAGUUAAAGGUUUCCGGUCUCUUGCUGAAGCAUUGCCAAAAAGUGCUCGAUUUUGUGACGACAACCUUUACAGAGCUAUAGACAUGUACCUCAAGGCACACCCUUUAUUAGAGGAAGAGGACAGGACAAGUGUCUGUAGGGCAAUGGACUACAAUAAACUAUCACAAGAAGCGCGACAGCAUGUAAUGAAGAAUAACCGGUUGCCAUUACAGAUUACAACACAGGCUAUGCUUCUUGAACAAGUACACUCGACAAGAUCAAUAAUGACAGGUUUCGGUUCAAAUUACCGAAGGACCAAGGCACAGACAAUUAUCAGAGUGAGUAAAGGUCUGGAGAAGGAACAGAUGACAUCCAUGAAAGAGAUCAAGAUGAUGAGAAAAGAGGUCGAGACUAUGAAGAUGCAACUCAAUAAACUGCAAAUGUGUAAAAUGAAGAUUCAGAAACAGAUGGGAAAAUGCAUUAAGUAGGAUAUCAAAUCUGAUUCUCUCUGAAAUUCUAACACUGUUGGAUUAGAUCUGAGUUUAAUGUUGAUGAUGGCAAAUUUCUUUGUUGGACUGGCACUAUCAGUUACCAAGAAAUAAAGAAAUUAAUUCCAU